AUGUACUAAGAUUUUUCCACAAGAUUUAAGGAUAAAUACGAGGAGAAUUAGGUCAAGCAAAAAUUGUAAGCUCACACCCUUAGAAGUGUCUAAGACAGUCCUAAAGGAGAAGUUUUAAGAGGAAAGGAACAAUGAAGACAAAGGUGGUUGUUAAUGUGUUAUUGAAUGGAUGUCAAUCUCGUCCAAGUAUGAAGAAGUGUAUUUUAGGCUGUUUGAAACCAAUGGUACCUUGCCUGUUUCAAGAAGCUACGUGCAAAUAUAAAGUCAUGAAAAUUGCAGCAACUUUACCAGGGGUGGAGAAAGUAAGUAUAGAAGAAGAAACGAAGUUGCUGACCGUGAUAGGAGAAGGAAUAGAUACAGUAACGCUCGUGAAUGUACUUAGGAAAAAAGUGGGAUUUGCUACUAUUGUGACAGUUGGUCCUGAGGAAGAAAAAAAGGAAGAAAAAAAACCAGCUGACAACAAAGAAGAACCACCACAACAGCCAUGGGUAUAUUAUAAUCGAGUGCUCCCCAUGGGUGAGAUAUAUGAAAUUAGAGAUCCUUACUAUUAUAACAAUUCCUGCUUUCCCUUUUGGUGAGGGAAUUUGCACUUCCAAAGAUAUAUAGACAAAUAAAAAAAUAUAGAAAAUUUGAGAUUGAAUAUUAAUUGCGUUGGCAGCUUGACGUCUAGUGUGUUGCACUUUUUAGUGGUUUAUAUGAAAUUCGUACUAUGUAC